AGCAGUGCAAUAACUGUCUGUGCAGUUACCGUACAUAACAGUUUUGUGUUUGUUUGUUUUUUUGCUUAAACGUCGAUGUCGACACGAUUAAAAGUCGCCACGUACAUUAUCUUUAUAGUCUAUGUUAAAAGUUGCCAUAGGUUUUCAGUUGGUUCUUUUAUUCUGAAGAAUUUUAACCGGAAGUCUUCUUGGUCCACAUCGGAGGCAGAAGUAAUGGACGAGUAUCAGACAGAAGAGGAGACUGCAUUCGUCGUCGAUGAAGUGAGCAAAAUUAUAAAAGAGGCAGUAGAAGCAACUAUAGGAGGAAAUGCCUACCAGCACAGCAGAGUGAACCAGUGGACCACCAGUGUGGUGGAGCAGUGCCUCAGUCAUCUCAGCAAGCUGGGGAAGCCUUUUAAAUAUAUUGUAACCUGUAUCAUCAUGCAGAAAAAUGGGGCAGGUCUGCAAACAGCCAGCACAUGCUUCUGGGAUAACUCCACUGAUGGAAGCUGUUCUGUGAGAUGGGAGAACAAGUCCAUGUACUGUAUCGUCAGUGUUUUUGGGCUGGCCAUCUGAACCAACUACAGUGUACCUAGAAUGUUUGAAAUGUAUUGGAUUUUGUGUGUUAUUGAGAACCUGAGUGUUGUAUUUGUUCACAUUGACUGUAUGUUAAUACACUUUUUUGCUUUUAUAUUAAGUGCUAUUGAAUAAAAACAUACUAUCCUGGA